AUGGCUGUCGACUUGCAAUUGAUUCGUUUUUCAGAUGAUCACACAUUGGAAUCUGCCUCUCAAGUGAUGUCAGCCUUACAGUUUGAUCGGCGUAUACCGAAUGGGCGACAGUCGUACACGAAACUGUUAAAAGACCUCGGAUUCCGCAAUCAAAAUGGCGUCGCUCACAACCAGUACGUUUUUCAAGGGCAGUGCAUGAUACUAGGCGACACUAGAGUCGGCAAAACUAGCUUAAAAAAUUCUCUUAUGGGAAGACCGUUCAAUACUGAAGAACCGCGAACAAAAGGAGUGGAUAUUAGCCUGGUUGACCAUAAGUGGAAAAACUUAGAUUCCGAUAAAGGCCUCACAUUUGGAAGUUUUUAUCGAUUUGGGCAAACUUCUGUUUGUGCGGGUGCAUUGUAUGGACCUGGUGAAAUCGAAUACACUUUUAAUCAAGAAGUAACAAAUGUCGCGUCGUUUUUGUACAUUCUAAUGCGAAUAACUUGGGUUAUUUCACUUGUGUGGCAUUUGGGCUUUUCAAUAUCGUCUUUCGAUAGCCUCUGUUUAUUACGUAUCGCUUUAAAUUUGAUUCCAGACUUUUUCUUUGCCAUUGUCCUGCACUUCCAAACUUCUCAACAUCCUGGGGGUAGUAAAGUUGCUGUACUGUUUGCCAUCCUUCCACGCUUUAUGGCAGGCUUGGGCGCCACAUUCAUCUUUCUUGGGAUUCUCCGAGGCAGAGAUUGCAGCAAUCCUAAGCAUUCUUUUCCAACACUAUUCAGUGCGAGUCUCAGUCAGUUCGUCUGGGUGGUAAUGAUGUGUAAUCGUAUUUCAGUAAUCGUGCUGUCUUUUAUGGACACAUAUUUUCAAAUGUUCAGCCCUUGGUCAGAAGCGAACAAUUCAUCAUCUUUGCCAGGGCAAGUGGUACUCAACAUAAAGUCAGUGCCUUUUUUUCGACGAAUGUUUUUCCUCCUAUUACCAGUAUCUUUAGGUACUUCUUUCGCUGCAUUUCUCAUAGAAUCAAAGAAGAUGUCUACCCUGGAGUAUUGUCAAACUCUUCAUUUCAUUAUGAUUCCUGUUCUUUUAGUGUUUGCGCUGAAACUUACAAGAAUCCUUUGUAUUUGGGUCAGUUACGAUAAGUGGACCAGCCUCAUUUUGUUUGUGUUCAUGACGACUCAAAAAUCAGCUGUAAACUUAAAUUUGUUUGAUCUGUAUGCAGCAAUGAUGGCUGCCUGGGCCUGUCGCACUUUGUACGUAGAUUGGGAUAACAUGUUAUUUCCUUUGAACAAGCCCUGGGCAAGACAGGCUAGUUUGACUUGCAUUUUUGUAGAAAAAGUAGCGUUAAAUUUUCAAAGGUUAAAAAGUGCCCUUUGUGGCAAGUUUUCAAGCCUUAAAUUGAAACUCGUGGACUUCUCAGGUGAUAAAGAGUACUAUGCUUAUCAUCAUGUCUUCAUGAGAGAUCAUGCCAUCUAUUUUGUUGUUUUCAAUCUGGCAAACUUUGCAGAUAACAACUUUGCAAACACUGAAGCAAAAAUCCAAAGAAUAAAGUUCUGGUUGGAGUCAAUCUGUUGCAAGGUUGCAUCCAAGACACCAAUAUUUCUUGUGGGAACACACAGAGGACAAAUUGACAAAACCUCCCUAAAGACUGUGGACAAACAUCUGCAACAACAUUUAAUGCAAUCUUUCAGUAGAGAACUAGUGAAGAACAAGGAAGAUAAUUUUUGGUAUUUUCCCAUAGAAAACACUCUGGGGAGGAAAGACAAAGGGGUUCAAAACCUUCAAAAGCAAAUAAUGUCUACAGUUCAAGAACAAAAGACAGUCAUAGGCAGGAAAAUUCCAUACUCAUGGAUCAAAAUUCAAGAUGAGAUUAUUCACCUACGACACAAAAAGAAAAAAAAGUUUUUAGUGUCACUAAAGGAGUUUUCAGUUUCGUUUGAUGACUUCAUUUGCAGCAACUGGACCAAGGAAACUUUACAGUACUUUCAUGAGAAGGGACUUGUAAUUUAUUGCAAUGAUAGGGAAGACUCUGAAUUGUCAAAGUGUGUUUUGCUCAACCCUGCCAUUCUGGUAGACAUUAUCAUUCAGUUGAUUACUUCAUGUAGUGAUAAGGAAGUGAUUUCACAGCCUGGCUUUUGUGAUGACUUGAGAGUACUUCGUGAAACUGGAAUGCUCACAGAUACUCUGCUCAAUAACAUUCUGUCCACAGUGGCAGAGGAUAGAAAAGCACUCAAAGGUUUCUUGGAGGAAUAUGACAUCAUUUGCCCUCUACACUUUAACUUGACAAACAAGGAAGAAGCACAAGUGACUCACUUUGUUCCUUCACUAUUGCCAAUGGCUGAGACAGUGAAAACACCAGUGUGGAUUGAAGGUCCUGAUGACAAGAAGUGCUAUGUUGCCUUUCAUCGAUUUCUGCCGGAGCCCCUCUUCCCCUCUCUUUUGUCACAGGCACACCGUCUUAGUAAAGCAGAAUUUCCUCAGGGUCAGCCACUUAUAUGCAAAGAUGUUGGCAUGUUUUGGGUGAGACCCAGCCAACCAUACAGACUUUUACAGCUUAAGGAUGAAGAUAUGAUUGAAGUUACAUUUACUGACAGGUUUGUUUCUAAUGGAAAGUAAUAUUUAGUAGCGAAAGCAGUUUUCUGCACCCUUAAUGUACAUGUACAUGCACUGUAGGCUCGAUUUCUGUGGCUUUCUUUGGUCUGAUUAACUUCGUCCCCUAGAAGAGACUUGAUGAGGGAGGAGUGUGGAUUCAUUUCCUGAACUGCUGCUGGUAAUCCAGCCUAAAUGUACUGUGAUAUGAACAGUGAUAAUCUACAGCAUGUUCAACAAAACCAUCCCAAAUUCAUUAAACAAACAGUAAAUGGUCUUAAAAACAGGCAGCAGAAAGUUUUGAAACUGUACGUGGACAAGCUAGCUUAAUACUGACAGCCACCAGCAAUAUUUGUGGCUGUACUGUUGAGCGAUUAUUGAUAAAACCUCAGUGGAGACAAGAACUCUGCCAUUUUUUGCUCUAUACACAUUAUUAUUUCUAUACAUGAGAUCUCAGUGCUAAUUGAACUAAACAGAAAGAGCAAAAUCAAAUCAGCUCUACUGUAUUCGGUAAACAGCUUAGUACUAAAGAGCUUUUACUACUUUUUUUACUACAGCAGCUUCCGUAGUUCAAUUUACAUGAACUGCAUUUAAGUUAUUAACUAACCACCUUUUCAUGAAUUUCAAUUAACAGCGAAGGUCAAGGCAUGACACCCUCACAAGUAUUGGUCUACAUAUUCAGCAUUGUCAGCGGGAUCUGCAAGCGACACUUUCCUUAUGUCAAGUUUCACUGUGGUCCAUUGUGCCUCUCCAACAGGUGCCCUGGAUACCAAGGGGAUUCUAUAUCUCACCCUGGGCUGCAGCAAGUGUAUUCUCGGCGUCAUGUGUAUAACGUGUUGCCUGCACGCCAAGAAAAUACUAUUUCUUCAUUUUACUGUGCAAACCAGAACUUUGAAGAACAAAUGAAGGAAUGGGUAGUGCACUAG